GGUCUGGCAACGCCUGACUGUUGACCAGCUGCUUAAACGAUAUUUUCUGUUUAAAAGCCGGUCACACAGACUGGAAAUUACUUAACAUGCUGCAAGGAGUUAUUCAAAGGACCUGCCUAGCGGUUGUCAACACCGCGAAAACGUUAGUUGUGCGGGAAAAGCACGCCUUCAAUCGAGCGGUGCUGAAACCAAAAGUCCGGUGCCAUUUCCCAAAACCCAAGGAAGUCAAGAGAAUCAAUGUCCACGGCUGGGAUGCAAGGAUGUCCACCCCGGAAGGAAGACGUGUGCUAAUGAACAGGAUCCUCAAAGGCCGUCACAAUUUGUCCCAUUAGUCGUUAAUAAACCUCAAUUUAUUUACAAAAUA